UUAGAAGAAAACCGGAAAGAUGCCUUCCAAACCCUAUCCCUCUUACCCCGGGUUUAAAACCGUCCAUCUUCUCCACUGACCAGGUGACCUUUGGGCUCUGGGCCGAAUUAGAGAAGAGCUUGGUCCUCCGAGGGAUGAUGCCUGAGCUGGACAGACGGAGUACCGCUAGAGAAGGGGCCGGUCCAAGAAUCUUAUCUAGACUUUCUUUGCCUGCUCGUGCCCGGGAACCAGCAAUGAAGCAGAGUUUUGCCUCUGACAAUGUUGGCUACGAAGGCAGUCUGGACAGCGUGUCCCCUCCUUCUCAGAUGGCCACUGGCACAAUCAGCAUUCUGGGCAUGACUUGCCAGUCAUGUGUCAAGUCUAUCGAGGGCAAGAUUUCCAGUUUGAACGGCAUCGCGAGCAUCCAGGUCUCCCUGCAGCAGGGCAACGCGACUGUGACGUAUGUACCAUCAGUCAUGAGCCUGCAGCAGGUCUGCUGCCACAUUGGGGACAUGGGCUUCAAGGCUAGCAUCGCCGAAGGAAAGGCUGCCUCUUGGCCCUGCAGGUUGUCGCCUACCGGGGAGGCUGUGGUCAAGCUUCGGGUGGAAGGCAUGACCUGCCAAUCCUGUGUCACUUCCAUAGAGAGCAAGAUAGGGAAACUGCAGGGUGUGGUGCGAGUCAGAGUCUCACUGGGCAACCAGGAAGCGGUCAUCACCUAUCAGCCUUAUCUUAUUCAACCCGAAGACCUCAGGGACCAUGUCAAUGACAUGGGAUUUGAAGCUACCAUCAAGAACAAAGUGGCUCCCCUAAGCCUGGGGCCAAUUGAUAUUGGACGAUUACAAAGCACUAACCCAAAGAGACCUUCACCUCCUGCUCACCGGAGUCUCAAUAGUUCUGAGACCCUGAGGGACCAAGAAAGCCAUGGGGUUACCCUGCAACUGAGAGUAGAUGGAAUGCACUGUAAGUCUUGUGUCUUCAGUAUUGAAGAAGACAUAGGCCAGCUCCCAGGGGUUCAAAGUAUACAAGUGUCCUUGGAGAACAGAACUGCCCAAGUACAGUUUGAGCCUUCUCGUAUCUCCCCAGUGUCCCUGCAGAAGGCCAUUGAGGCUCUUCCACCUGGGAACUUUAAAGUUUGUCUUCCUGAUGAUUCAGAAUGGAGUGGGACCCAGUGCCUGCCAGGUGUCAGGCCUUCCGAACUCUAUUCCUCUGGCUCCUCCCAGAGAAACCAGGGGCUUGGAGCACCCACUUCUGUGGUACUCACCAUUGCUGGCAUGACGUGCACUUCCUGUGUCCAGUCCAUCGAAGGCAUCAUCUCCCAGAGGGAAGGGGUUCAGCAGAUAUCAGUGUCUCUGACUGAAGGGACUGGAACCAUUCUCUUUAACUCUGCUGUCACUAACCCAGAAGAACUCAGAGCUGCUGUAGAGGACAUGGGCUUUGAGGCUUCCAUCAUCUCUGAAAACUGUUCUGGCAACCAUUUUGGAAGCCACAGUGCCAGGAAUUCCAUGGCGCAAACUACAGGUGGUGCACCUCUGUCUAUACAGGAAACAGCUCCCCAUGCCAGGGUGCUCCCUCGAAGACACCACCCUGGCCACUCGUCAGAGUCACCGCAGUCAUCGCAAACAGUGGCGCCACAGAAGUGCUGCUUACAGAUCACAGGCAUGACCUGUGCGUCCUGCGUGUCUAACAUAGAGAGGAAUCUGCAAAAAGAAGCUGGUGUUCUCUCCGUGCUGGUAUCCUUGAUGGCUGGAAAGGCAGAGGUCAAAUAUAAUCCGGAAAUCAUCCAGCCACUUGAAAUAGCUCAGCUCAUCAAGAAGUUGGGCUAUGAGGCAGCAGUAAUGGAAGACUACACAGGCUCAGAUGGCAACAUCGAGCUUACUAUCAGAGGGAUGACGUGUGCUUCCUGUGUUCAUAACAUAGAGUCCAAGCUCAUGAGGACAAACGGCAUCACCUAUGCCUCGGUGGCCCUGGCCACUAGCAAAGCCUACAUUAAGUUUGAUCCUGAAAUUAUUGGUCCACGGGAUAUUAUAAAAAUUAUUGAGGAAAUUGGCUUUCAUGCUUCCUUGGCCCAGAGGGACCCCAACGCUCAUCACUUGGACCACAAGCUGGAAAUAAAGCAGUGGAAGAAGUCUUUCCUGUGCAGCCUGGUGUUUGGCAUUCCUGUUAUGGGUUUAAUGAUCUAUAUGCUAAUACCCAGCCACGAGCCUCAUGAGUCUAUGGUCCUGGACCACAACAUCCUCCCGGGACUGUCCAUUCUAAACCUCAUCUUCUUCAUCCUGUGUACCUUUGUCCAGUUCCUCGGUGGGUGGUAUUUCUACGUCCAGGCCUACAAGUCUCUGAAACACAGGACGGCCAACAUGGACGUGCUCAUCGUGCUGGCCACAAGCAUCGCCUAUGUCUAUUCUCUGGUGAUCCUGGUGGUAGCCAUCGCCGAGAGGGCCGAGAGGAGCCCCGUGACGUUCUUUGACACGCCCCCCAUGCUGUUUGUGUUCAUUGCCCUUGGGCGAUGGCUGGAACACGUGGCAAAGAGCAAGACCUCAGAAGCCCUUGCCAAACUCAUGUCUCUCCAAGCCACAGAAGCCACUGUUGUGACCCUUGGUGAGGACAACAUAAUCAUCAGAGAGGAGCAGGUACCCACGGAGCUGGUGCAGCGGGGUGACAUCAUCAAGGUUGUCCCUGGGGGAAAGUUCCCAGUGGAUGGGAAAGUCCUGGAAGGCAGUACUAUGGCUGACGAGUCCCUCAUUACAGGAGAAGCCAUGCCAGUCACUAAAAAGCCAGGAAGCACAGUGAUUGCUGGGUCUAUAAAUGCACAUGGCUCUGUGCUCAUUAAUGCCACCCAUGUGGGCAACGACACCACUUUGGCUCAGAUUGUGAAACUGGUGGAAGAGGCUCAGAUGUCAAAGGCACCCAUUCAGCAACUGGCUGACCGAUUUAGUGGAUAUUUUGUCCCAUUUAUCAUCAUCAUUUCAACUUUGACGUUGGUGGUAUGGAUUAUAAUCGGUUUUAUCAAUUUUGGUGUUGUUCAGAAACAUUUUCCUAUCCUCCCCAAGCACAUCUCCCAGGCUGAGGUGGUCCUCCGGUUUGCCUUCCAGACAUCCAUCACGGUGCUGUGCAUCGCCUGCCCCUGCUCCCUGGGCCUGGCUACGCCCACAGCGGUCAUGGUGGGCACUGGGGUGGCUGCGCAGAAUGGCAUCCUCAUCAAGGGAGGCAAGCCUCUGGAGAUGGCGCACAAGAUAAAGACUGUGAUGUUUGACAAAACAGGCACCAUUACCCAUGGGGUCCCCAAGGUCACACGGUUCCUCCUGCUCGUGGACGUGGCUGUGCUGCCUCUCAGGAAGGUGCUUGCUGUGGUGGGGACCGCAGAGGCCAGCAGCGAGCACCCCUUGGGCGUGGCCAUCACCAAGUACUGUAAAGAGGAACUUGGAACGGAAACCUUGGGGUACUGCACAGACUUCCAGGUGGUCCCGGGCUGUGGAAUCAGCUGUAAGGUCAGCAUCAUGGAUAGCAUCCUGACCCUGAGCAUGCAGGCUGGUCACCAGAACAGCGUUGGCAGCACGCCUGCUGAGAAAGACACAGCCCCUGAGACCUUUUCUGUGCUGAUUGGAAACCGUGAGUGGAUGAGGCGCAAUGGCUUAACCAUCUCCGGCGACAUCAGUGACAUGAUGACAGACCACGAAAUGGAAGGACAGACGGCUGUCUUGGUGGCUAUUGAUGGUGUCCUCUGUGGGAUGAUUGCCAUUGCGGAUGCAGUCAAGCAGGAGGCAGCGCUGGCUGUGCACACGCUGAAGAGCAUGGGUGUGGAUGUGGUUCUGAUCACUGGGGAUAACCGGAAGACGGCCCGAGCCAUUGCCACCCAGGUUGGCAUCAACAAAGUCUUUGCCGAGGUGCUGCCUUCCCACAAGGUGGCCAGGAUCCAGGAGCUCCAGAAGGAAGGGAAGAAAGUUGCCAUGGUGGGAGAUGGGGUCAACGACUCGCCGGCCUUGGCCCAGGCAGACGUGGGCAUUGCUAUUGGGACAGGCACGGACGUGGCCAUCGAGGCAGCCGACGUCGUCCUCAUCAGAAAUGACCUGCUCGAUGUGGUGGCCAGCAUUCACCUUUCCAAGAGGACUGUCUGGAGAAUACGAAUCAAUCUGGUCCUGGCGUUGAUUUAUAACCUGGUUGGGAUACCCAUUGCAGCAGGUGUCUUCAUGCCCGUCGGCAUUGUGCUGCAGCCGUGGAUGGGAUCAGCGGCCAUGGCGGCCUCCUCAGUGUCUGUGGUGCUCUCGUCCCUGCACCUCAAGUGCUAUAAGAAGCCAGACCUGGAGCGGUAUGAGGCGCAGGCCCAGGGCCGCGUGAGGCCCCUGACCCUGUCCCAGGUCAGUGUGCACAUCGGCAUGGACGACCGCCGGCGGGACUCUCCCCGGGCCACGCCGUGGGACCAGGUCAGCUACGUCAGCCAGGUGUCGCUGUCCUCGCUGACCUCAGACAGGCUAUCCCGGCACAGUGCUGCAGCUGACGAUGGUGGGGACAAGUGGUCUCUGCUCUUGAGUGACAGGGACGAGGAGCAGUACAUUUGAAAGCUCCAGGCGGUGCGGAUACACAGCAGGGCAGGGCCAUGCCUCCCAGGAGCAGCAGCCCUCCCUGACACGGGGCUCCUGGGGACUCUCAUCCAUUCACUUCUGCCAGCCUAA